UGUGUGUGUGUGUGUGUGUGUGCGCGCGCGCCCUCCUGCGCAGGCUGAUGGAGGGAGUCGUCGCGCCCGGAUCCCACAGCAACAAAGCAGAUGCCAGAAAUCUGAGUAUCAGGAAAGAAGGCAAGGAAUCGAGGACCCUGGACCAGGAGGACCCAGUUCCUCCACACAUUAAAGAGGAACAGGAGGAGCUCUGGAACAGCCGGGAGGGAGAGCAGCUUCAAGCACCGGAGGAAGAUCAUCUCACCAAGUUCCCAUUCACUGCUGUCUCUAUGAAGAGUGAGGAUGAGGAAGAUAAAGACCAGCCCUCCCAGCUUCAUCAAAGACAGACUGAGGAGAGCGAAGAAGCGGAGCCUCCAGCCUCCAGCUCAGCUCAACAGAUGGAAACAGAAAUUGACAGCGGUCAUCAGUUGCUGUCUUCAUACUGCUGUGACUCAGAGACUGAGGACAGUAAUGAUGAUUGGAAGGAGACAAGAGAACAAGAGUCAGGUUCAGACACAUUGAAAAACGAGGGCACUCUGAAUCACAUUAAGUCCCACACCCACGACAGGCCGUUUAGUUGCAAGCUUUGUGAUAAAAGAUUUGGCUGCAAAGGAAAUCUGCACGCCCACAUGAGGAGACAUACAGGGGAAAAUCCUUUCACCUGCACGGUCUGUGACAAAGGUUUUAGUGCAAAGGUCAAUCUGAAGACUCAUAUGAGAAGUCACACCGGGGAGAAACCAUUCAGCUGCUCGAUGUGUAACAAGAGUUUUAGUCAGAAGAAGACAUUAGUUAUACACUUGAGAAGUCAUACGGGGGAGAAACCGUUUAGCUGCUCAUUCUGUGGGAAACGGUUCAGUGAGAAUGGGACGUUGAAGAGGCACAUUAGAGUUCAUACGGGAGAGAAACCAUACAGUUGCAGUACUUGCGGCCGGAAUUUUAGUUUGCUGUCGCAUGUUAAAAGCCACAAGUGUGCCGGUGCGAGAGGUGACAAGUGAAUCUGCCUGGAUUGGACUGGCUUUUCAAACUGAUUUUCGGGAUAAAAUGUUCAAGUAAAUCUCUAAACAGAUUCAGCAUCAAUAUGCAAGUUUUGAUAAUGUGAUGAGAUUUUGGUAUCGGAAGCGUUCUUGUUUCAGUUUGUAGUCUGAGUUGUAUUGUCCAAUCACGUUGGAGCAGGCUUUGGUUGAACACAGGUAAACAGUCCGUGUGGAGAGCAAAAGAGACUUUGACCAUAAUGCAGUCUGAGAACCCAACGACUAUCGUCUUGACAAGGCUUUUUAUUGGUUUACAUAGUCCACCAGGGAGUACUGACAAGUUUAUUUUCACUGUAAUAUACGGUUCUCAGUAAAUAUAUUAGUCACAAUACAAGGGAUCCUUCCGUGAAGUGUUUAUUUAAUUCAGUUGUCCUCAGCAAAGGACAGCAACAGAUAGUAAAGGGGACGCCCUCCUAAUCAGUAUGAUGCUCAUAAAUAUGAAGCAAUACUUAUGCCUGUGCCGAAUAUAGUUCAAAGCUUCAUUGAUUUUUAUUCCGAUCUUUCAUAGCUUGGUGGAUACACAUUACUCACCUAGAGUGCACGUCAAGGAAAAUGUAAGCAUCCAAUAAUUUAUAUACAACUUGAAACAUAAUUGUUGGCACACAUUCAUAAUAUCGACCUUUCAAUUCCAAAUCAACAUGCUGCUUUUUUUUUCUGCUUUUUUUUCAUUUAAAAGGUUAAAAUCUAUUGAAAAAAAAUAGAUCUUUCAUUUAUUUAAUUGAAUAUUGAGCUACAUAUUUGUUGGUGUCUAGCUUUUCAAAAACAACAUUUUCACAGUUGGGGACUUAAGACUCAGUAAGCAUGCAUAAGGUACCAUGGCCCAGAGAAAUAUGCAAUAAUAGUUGUCAUAAAGCGGCAACGGUUGCCUCAAUCAGCAGCAUCAUCGUAAGAACAGUGAGGCAGUAAAACAUGCAACAGCAAGAACAACAAAUAAAUGUACAGGACUACGGGCCACUGGACUUUGAUAUUGUUGAUAGAUUAAAGAUUUUUAAACUCUCAAAUAUCAGCAUCGGCCACACAAUCCAGUAUCAGUUGGGCUCUAAAGCAGUGAUUCUUAACCAUGGGGCCGCGAGCUCUACCUAGAGGGCAACUUUCAGUUUUGCCCCUGUGGGCUGCGGGACCGCAUAGGUUAUCAAUUGAAGACGCCACCACAAAAAAUAUCCCAUGACAGCGACAUGUCAGCCCGCCCACGAUAGUUGAAGAGUGAACAGCUGAGUGUGACUUUUAAGUACUCGCUGAAGCUAACCGUCAACGUCAGCUUCCAAAACAGUCGAAUGACAGGUCGAAUGACAGAACUCAUUUGAGAUAAAGUGUCUGGGAUAACUAUAAAUCAGAUGACUUAUUAUUAUGACUUAUGGUCACAGAGAUAGUCAACACAAAGAGCACAGAUUCAUUUCAGUUCACUACCUUUUGACAUACGGUCAGGGCAAACCUGAUUCAGCCCUAACUAUAAGGACUAUUAAAGAGGAAAGUCUUAAGUCUAUUCUUGAAUGAGGUGACUGUG